UGACAAAUAAAAAUGACAAGGCUCGAAGGUGGACAUUUAUCCCCAAAUCACACUGGUCAUCUUUGAUAGGGUUUGAGCAUUGAAGGUCGAAGGUGGAAGUGAUGUCAGAGCGCCACCAUUUACCGGAAGAAAUCCUGAUCGAAAUCCUGACAAGGCUCCCCGUCAGGUCCCUCGUACGCUUCACCGCCGUUUCCAAGUCGUGGUUCUUCCUCAUCACCAGCCCCGCCUUCGUCUCCGCCCACCUCCGCCACUCCCGCUGCAAUGAUGAUCAUUCCGUCGGUAACCACCUUCUCAUCCGUCAUUUAGAAAACUCAUCCAUAAAGGAAAAGUAUGAGAUUCUCGAAGAGACUGAUCACCAAACACUUAACCCGAUCAGUUCUCCCGAGCUCCCCCCUGCAUUUGCAUGCGAGGAUAUUCGUGUGGUUGGCUGCUAUAGCGGCGUCGUUUGCUUAUCCGACGCCUGGUAUUGCGAUCUGUGUUGUACGUAUCUAUGGAACCCCUGUAUUCAGAAGCUUAAGCCCUUGUCUCCUCCUACUAUUAUUAGACCAGCUGGCAGUUUAAACGCCUUACUUGGAUUUGGUGUUAAUCCAGAGUGUGAUGGUGAUCUCAAGGUAGUCAGAGCUGUGUAUCAAAGGAAAGGAGAGUAUCUGCAGAUGCCCGAUGGCCCACCAGAUGUUGAGAUUUAUUUACUCAGCACCGGGAAGUGGAGAACUAUAUCUGCUGUUGGAGUGAAUCUUUAUAUGAUCGAUUUCGACCUGUGGUGGUCUCAAACUUUUGUCCAUGGAGCCGUACAUUGGAUUGGGCGGAAAUGGGUGGACAAUGUGAGGUCCAAGUGUUGUAUAACAGUUUUCUCCAUGGCUGAUGAGGUUUUUAGUGAAAUUAUGCUGCCAAAUAAAUUAGCCAAAUGGAUUGCAUUAUACUUACAUAUUAUGAUGUUUGAUGAGUCUAUUGCUGUUGCUAAGUAUGCUACAAGGAAUCAUUGCAUAUUCUGUGACCUGUGGGUGAUGAAAGAGUAUGGAGUUGUGGAAUCUUGGUGCAGGAUAUAUCGUAUAGAAUUGUUUGGAUGGAUGGAUAGAAUUGUUGGAUUCAGGAAAAAUGGUGACAUCUUAAUCUGUAGUGAGAAUCGCGAGCUUGUUUCCUACUGUCCGACUACUAAAUUUUUUCAUAAACUUGGAAUUUAUGGGACCAACCGCUCAUUCUUUGUUGGUAAAUACUUGGAAUCUCUUGUCCUGCUUCAAGAAAAAAGCUGUGAAGUUGAUGUGCUAUUCAAAGAAAUGACAAGUGUGUCCAUUUGAAGAGGAGGUUAGAAGAUUUGGGUUGGUCGUUUGUUUAAAGGGUUACCUUACGAUAAUGUGUCAAGCAGGAGAAAGUUAAUUAUCAUCUUCUUCCUCAAGAGUACAGCUUGGUUUCAAAAUAAAAAAUGAUGCCGAUUGUGUAUGGAGACGUGAGAUUGGGUCUGCAAAGGAUUCUGACGUGAUCUUCGUACACCUACUGGGUCAGUUUGUUUUGGUCAUGUCUUUGAAAUGGCUUUAUUAAUAGAUUUUUCAGUAUUAGGUGUUGAAUUCUUUUUUCUUAGAACUCUCUUUUAUCUUUCAUAUGUUACAGAGUAUGACCAAAAUAAAGAGUAUCAUUAUUUACAUUCUCAUAUGAUAAUGAAUAUAUUAUUUAUCUGAAACAUUUACCUGCGUGGCUAUUGAUUAUUGCAGUGUAUGACUUUGUAUUUAUUUAGUCUCAAGUAACUCAUGCAUUAAUGAUGGCUGCCCUUGUAGAGUGACAGUUUUAAGACUGCAAGACCAAAAAAUAAUAAUGCAAUAGUAGUCAAAAUCAUUAAAUUGGUUUCUUGAUAACAUCAAGUCUUACAUAUAACUCAUGCCAUAAUUGCAUAUUAUCUCUCACUUGUGUAACUC